AUGGUUCUCAUCAUUUGCCAUCAAGAUGAUCACAACUUAGCGAGAGUGGAUUAUGAGUUUAACUCAUCAGCCAGAACAUUCAAUCCCAUAAUUCCACAUAAUGAAGACCAGUUUUCUUCUAACCUCACCAUGCUGUUACAGUGGUCUCCUUAUUCAACGGAAGAGGAGUUGCUGAAGCAAGAUAUUUGUAUUAAUGGUGACAAAGCACUUAGCAGAAUGAAAGCAAAUCAGCAUGUUGCAAACCUAUAUCAGCACUCUCUCCGUGCAUAUGCAUCAAUCCUGUAUAGGCAGCUACCACAGUACUUCAGAAUAAUUUUGCGUGGACGAGAUGUUGAGCACCAUAAUAUUGCCAGUGAUCUCAAAUAUCUUCAGUUUAUCAAGUAUAUGCCGCAAAUUCAUGGAAAUAUGGAGGUUGAAAUUAUUACCGCAAUAGGGUUUCUGAAGGAAGCUAAUACUCAUGGUUUCAAUAUCUACCAUCGGAAUCGUCUGAUACUGCCAUUUUGGCGUGUACUUAGAAUUGGGACAAACAGUACUGGAAGAGGAGUUGUCGGUGUCCUGGAACCAGAUUAUAUUCAGCCUACUCACAAUAAGCAAGAUUUUGAGAAAACUUCCCUCUUCCAAAAGCUUGAAGAUCCUAGGAAUGGGAGGGGCACGAACUCACAUACACGGGUAGCGCGGGGAUUGAACCAGGACCACUUGGAAGCACACAAAAGACCUAACAUCCCAUUGGCCCUGUUUAGCUUGUUUCAGUUCUUGGGCUUAGGCCUCUGA